UGUGCGGAGCUUCUCCUCCUCCUCCUCUUCCUCCUCCUCCUCCUCCUCCCCCUCCUCCCUCUUGCAGGGCCGCGAUGCAGCGCCACAAGCCCCGCGUGGGGCGGCUCCCGGCCCGCCGCGCCACCGAAACCGAAGCGGCGGCGGCGGCGGCGGCCGUUGCAACGGCUCCAGAAAGGGGGGUCCCCAUGGAGGGGGCAGACCAGCAGACGGCGGCGGUGCGGACCCACCAGGGUUCCCCUCCGGGGGACAAGCCGUUUCCCUUCCCGGCCUGGGAGGAGAGCUCGGGGGACGAGAACGGGCUGGUGAUCCACAGCCAGGUGGAGGAAGAGGAGCACAAAUGCGGGGUGUGCGGCGAGAGUUUCAGCCAGCCGCUGGGCCUGCUCCGCCACCAGAAGCAGCAGCACGCCGGCGAGCGGGCCUUCGUCUGUCCCGAGUGCGGCCGCGGCUUCAGCCUCAAACACAACCUCAUCAUCCACCAGCGUAUCCACACCGGCGAGAAGCCCUUCGGCUGCGGCGUCUGCGGGAAACGCUUCAGCCUCAAACAGAACCUGCUCACCCACCAGCGGGUGCACGGCGGUCCGGCUAGGCGCCCUUUGGCCUGCCCGGCGUGCGGGAAGAGCUUCCGGGAAGAACGGCUGCUCGCCGCUCACCAGGAAAAGGACUGCGAGCGGCAGCAGGCCGACAGCCCAGACGGCGAAGCGGGGCGCGUCGGCGGCGAGGGCGAGGAGCGUUUAGCGCAGCGGCGGCUGAGGGUCAAGCCCCAAGGGAAGCCGCCCCAGACCCGAGCCGCUUUUGCCCGCCAGGCCUCUGGGGAACCCUUGGGGGGCCGAAGUGGCCUCGCCGGUUCGCCGAGGACCCGGCAAACCAAAGAGGAGACCCCCAAAGGCCCGAAGCAGAGGCUGAGCAGGCGAGACGCCCCCUUCCAGUGUCUGACGUGCGGGAAGAACUUUUCGCAGAAAGGGAACCUGGCGGCGCAUCGGAGGAGUCACCUGGAGCAAGAGACCCUCAGCUGAGGACGGGCCGAGAGAGGGUGUCCUGCUGGGCCUGAGCGUUCGGAGUGGUGGUGGUGGGCAGCGGCCUUGAGGAGGGACCAAGAGCAAGGAGAAGGGACAGCCCCCUCCCCAUCUCGGAAUCGGCCCUCCGAGGAACAGUGUAGAAAAGACCUUUUUUUUUUUUUUACGUUCUCCGCCAAGUCCCGUUCCACGUACCAGGACCUCGAACUGACAUAAAACUAGACGACACAGGGUGCUUAUCAUAUUUCGGCAUUUUUGUACCUCCUGCCAGAUCCUGGAUCGAGUCCCACCCGUUUCCCCCCCUCUACAUUUUGCAUUCCGUUUUUGUCCCGUUGCGAUGGAACACCGGCUCCUGUCUCCCAAGUCCGCGGAGCGCCCACCGUAGCAGAAUCGCGCCGCAGGCCUGGCGGGGGGGGGGAGCAGGGUCCUAGCUUUGCCAAAGACAAAGAGGGGGAAGGAGGAUCAGGGUAGCCGUCGGAUCAGCCGGUUCCGAGUUUGCAACGGCGAGCCGCCUCGGAAGCCGUUCCCUGUGGAUUUGAACCCGAGGCGUGCGGCAUGAACAAAAGAGGAUCGCGUCUCUCGUUGGAAGCCGUUCCCCUGUGGAUUUGAACCCGAAGCGUGCGGCACGAGCAAAGGGGAUCGUGAUGGGCCCGACGGCGUCGUGGAGAUAAUCUGGCAUCUUUGAGCCGCUCAAUUAUACGAGACUCCACUGAGGAACCGAGGCACCUGCUAGAAAGUUCCUGAAUGUUCCAUACUCCGAGCGGCAGUACCAUCCCCGACUUGGAUCCGGCCAAGAGGUAUCUCUUGGAAGAUCAGCGGCUCGGGAAGACCGGGAAGACGUGAGGGAGGGGAAAGCCCCAAGUUGGAGGGGCUGUGUUCCCAGAGACAACCCCCCCCUCUCUACUUCCCCUGCAAGGUUUACCCGUGGAACUCCCUGCUCUGCUUCCCUUCGCUGUCCAGCCGGGCCAUCAGCUAGCUUUGUCGUUCGCCAGCUUUGUCGUUCCGUUCGUUUACGGUUGAUAGUUAAACCACGUUCGGCCCGUUUCAGAGGCUUUGGAACAUUCCUUCGGUUGAGCUGGACCUGUUAAACCACAAGACUGAGUCGCCGCGUCUCAGUUUUCUGACCCAAGGGACCAGUAUCCCAUACACACACCACACACACACACACACACACACACACACACACCAGUCCCUGCUGCUUUUGCUAUCCAAGCUUGGACGAAGCUGAUGUGGCAAGGAGUGUCCCAUCCUGGCACCCAAAGUGGGGGGUUGUUGAGUGCCCGGGGACCCCCAGGAGUGGGAGAUCCUGGUAAGGUCACGGGAAGGAGGGGGGGUCUGUCCGGGAUGCAGAGAUGCGAUAUAUGAAGGUCUCCCAGCGGAGGGAUUGGAAAGGGGGGGGGUGUCUGCAAGUGCGGGAUGCCGGACGGGCUGGGCUGUGCUCUUCUCUCUCUUCCUUUUCCCUCUUUCGUUCCUUUCCUCCUUCCCUCCUUUUUUUCCUUUCGCUUUUCCCUCCGUCCCUCUUUUUUUUUUGUUUCUUUCUCCUCUCGUUUUCUCUCCCUUCCC